UUCCUUUUUUUCUUGUUUAUUUAAUUAUUUAUUUAUUGGGUUUUGUGUGGGUUUUCUUAGAACUUUGGGUUUUUCAUAUUCUUUUUUGUUUUUUUUUUUGUUUUUCCAUUUUGAUCUGAUAAUUGAUAACUUCUUAGUUGAUGGAGAGUUAUGGUGCUUGAACUUGGAUGUGGAUUGAUUUUUUUUUUUUUUUAGGGAUUUCUGGGUGGUGUUUUUGACGGUGAAAAUUGAAACCCAGUACUGGAAAUGGAUGGGGUUUGAUUCUUGUCUUUCUGCACUGGGUAGUGAUUAUUUUUUGGAAAAAAAUGGGUUACAUUAGGAUUUUUAACCUGGGGGUGGGGUCAAGUUUGAUUUUUAUUUGAAUUGGAUAUGUAAAGUUAUCAGAAACAGGGAUUUUUUUUUUUUUUUUUUUUUUUUUUUUUUUUGUGUAAAUUGAUGAGUUCUUGGAUCUGGAAUUGGAGAAUAACAUGUUCGAAGUUCAUGAGAUUUAAUUGAUCUGAAUCCAUUAGAUGGCUAUGCUGGACUGUUUGUUUGAUUUGAUUCUGGAGCUUUCUUAUACUUCAUACACCAUUUCAGAUUCUUGGAAAAGGGAUCUUUUUAUUUUCUCGUCCCCCUAUAAAUCUAUACUUGGUUUGUUUUCAUUUGAUGUACUUGUGCUCUUUUUGUUUUUAAUAACUUUUCCGAUUACUUCGAUUCUUUCUAUCAAAUUCUUGAGUAAUCAUUCUUCUCUAAACGCCUUGUUCUAUGGAUUCAACUCUUUCAAGCUAUAGUUCAGUUUUGUUUUAACUGAUUCUUGAAUAUGGGAUAUUUUGUGAAACUCUGGUCUUUCCCAAAUCCAACUCUUUUAAGCUAUAUCUCAGUGUUCAAUCGUUUUUUCCCAAAUUGGAUGCUUUGUGAAACUUGAACCUUUAUUUUACUCGUUUGAUGAUAACUUGUUGCCCUUGAGAUGGUGCAUCACUUGAGUUCAUUUCAUUUUUAAUGUUCUUUGAGCUCUUUUAUACUUCAGCCAGUUCUGCUUCUGUCGUACAGAAUUUAUAGAAUUUAUAGUUAUAUUCUGCUGUAGUUUAAUGUUCAUGGUUGUUAGGAAUUGGUUCUUGAAAUUUCAUGAUUUUGGAUUGAAAAUGUAAGCAUGCUAAUUCUUUGCUCCCUGUUUACUUCAUUUGGUGAAUACUUGGAUCUCAAUCUGAAGCAAACAAGCUGGAAGGAGUGGGAUUUCAUUUUGAUCUGCUUAAAUUGGAAAAAAGGUUCAACUCUAUUUGGUUACCUGUUGCUGUUACCACUAUUGUCAAGAAUGGGAUCUCAUAUGAACUUCAAGAACUUUGGUAAUGCCCCAACUGGGGAGGGGAGUAGUGCAAAGCCACCAGGGAGUUCCCUUUUAAUUCGCCAGCCUUCAGUUUACUCAUUGACCUUUGAUGAGUUUCAAAACACAUGGGGCGGAGGACCUGGGAAGGAUUUUGGAUCAAUGAACAUGGAGGAGCUAUUGAAAAACAUAUGGACAGCUGAAGAGACUCAGGCAAUGACAAGUUCUGUUAGUGCUGAAAAAGGCAGUGUCCCUGGUGGGAAUUUGCAGAGACAGGGAUCUUUAACUUUGCCCAGGACACUAAGUCAGAAGACUGUUGACGAGGUUUGGAAAGACUUGAUGAAAGACAUCAAUAUUGGUGCUAAAGAUGGGAGCAACAUGGGAUCAAAUGUGCCUCAGAGACAACAGACUUUGAGAGAGAUGACUUUGGAGGAGUUCUUGGCUAGGGCAGGGGUUGUGAGAGAGGACACUCAGCUAAUUGGAGGGACAAAUAAUAAUGGAUUCUUUGAUGAAUUCUCGCGUCUAGAUAAUAAUGGCCAUACCAAUAGUAACUAUAAUACAGGUUUAGCUCUUGGGUUUCAGCAGCCAAAUCAAAACAAUGGACUUGUGGGAACAAGAAUAGUGGAAAACAAUAAUGGCAUAGUUGCUAGUCAGCCUGCAAAUUUAGCCCUGAAUGUUGGUGGGAUCAGAUCCUCUCAGCCACUACCUCAGCAGCAGCUGCAUCAGAAUCGGCUGCAGCAGCAGCAGCAGCAGCAACCACUCUUCCCCAAGCCCACAAAUGUGGCUUUUGCAUCUCCUAUGCAUUUAGUAAACAGUGCUCAGCUAGCCAGCCCAGGAGUGAGGAGCUCAGUUGUUGGAAUUACAGACCCAUCUAUGAACAAUAAUUUAGUUCAUGGUGGAGGAAUGGGAAUGGUUGGUUUAGGAGCUGGGGCUGUUACAGUUGCAACGGGAUCACCCACAAGUCAGAUAUCACCAGAUAUGAUCACAAGAAGUAAUGCAGAUACCCCUUCCGUGUCACCAGUUCCUAACAUGUUUGGCCGGGGAAGAAAAGCCGGUGCAGCGUUGGAGAAGGUAAUUGAGAGAAGACACCGGAGAAUGAUAAAAAAUAGGGAGUCAGCUGCAAGGUCACGGGCUCGCAAGCAAGCCUAUACAUUGGAGCUAGAAGCAGAAGUUGCAAAACUUAAAGAACUGAACCAAGAGUUGCGGAGCAAACAGGAUGAAAUUAUGGAAAUGCAGAAAAAUCAGUUUCUAGAGACGAUAAAUCGGCAAUGGGGAUCAAAGAGGCAGUGCUUGAGGAGGACACUAACAGGCCCUUGGUAGAGGUUCAUAUAUUGAUUGUGGAUUGCAGCAGGAGAGGAACACCCAGUGUUGGCCAUUUGUGUGGUGCAAGGAUUGGAGGGUCUGCAGCUUUGACUUGUAUCUUAUGCUCUGAAUUGAAGGUUAGAUAGCUGUAUGUAUAGGAACAGAGGGUUGAGUUGUAAAUUAUGACUUGAAAUUAGUUUUUACACUAUAGAUGAAACUUUAUUGUUAGUGUCAUCUCUAUUUUCUUGUCAUUUCUUGGUAGAGGACAUGUAGGAUAGGGAAGCUAGUGUGCUAGAGGGUGUUACACUGUUAGCUUAAUAAGUUGGGUUAGUUUCUAAAACACUAAAAGACCUCGUCUUAUAAAUGACAUCUUUGUUUACUUUUGGCAA